CUCCAUGUCACAAACCAAACUGUCUGAACCAGACAAAAGUAUCCAGAAGCAUAGUCCGAGAAGCAUGUGCUUUAAUGAAACUGCAGUGAAAUUUGCUGAAGAGGUUAACGUAGAAUCAUCGUCUAACUUUGUGCUUAGUGCUCAAAAUUCCAGUAAUAAUGGGGUUACAGCUAAGGAAGCGUCAAACAAACGUUUAAAAGGAUCUGACUCCUCUCUUGACAAUAAGAGGCUGCGAAUUAGUACAUCAACAAAAUCAGGAAGAGUGAAACUGUCAUCUAGUGGCUGCUUGAAAAAGAAUGAGAAUCCCGAUCAAUUUGAUACUUCUUGUACAAUGAUCAAUUCAAAAGUUGGAGAGAAAUCAAAAACACAAGCUUCCCAUGCUUGUUCAAAAUCCCUGCACAUGAAGUUUCCAAAUAAUGUCAACCUACCAUCGAAGUCAGAGUUGAUAAAGAAGUUUAGAGUGUUUGGCUAUGUUGAUUAUCUUAAAACAAAGGUCUUUAGCUUUGCUGGCUCAGCUCGGGUAUCAUUCCUUCGAGAAGCUGAUGCAGUGACUGCUUAUUUCCAUGCCAAAAGAAAGAAGAUCAAUUUUGGUAGCGCAAAUGUCCGUUUUUGGCUAGACCCUUUUGAUCACAAGAGAGGAGGAUCUUCAAAAUAUUGUCUUCCCCUGUCUCCAUCAGCAAGUGAACAACCAAAGCCUUUGAAAUCAUGUUUGAAAAGUUCUAGUUCUGAGAAUAAAGAUAGAUGUAAGAAGCCCUACAAGGCACUUGUCUGGUGCACCAAAAUCACCAGUACAACAAAACUCCGGUUCAUUCAAAGCCACACAUGCACUCUUACAAGCAACCACACUUCCUUCUGAAUCUCACUGCAAAAUCAGGAGGACAAACACUGUUCAAAUCUGCAGCACAGCUUGCCGUGUUGCAUCCCCUUGAAUCUGAUGAUGUUGAGGAUGAUGAUGAUGAUUCUUCUGGGAUUAUAGAAACUGGUAGAUUGAAGCCAUCAACAAGGGUGAUGUCAUAGAAAUCUGGGGCUCCAUUGUUAGGCAAAGUGAAUUCUGCUAGAGAAACUGGUGGAAUAGAACCUGCACCAUUGCAGGAUAUGUCACCUGAGCCGCAGUCACCUGUUUGGCAGAUGAAUUUCCCGGUGGAAGUGCAGCCGGUUCGCACCCAGAACCGCCUGGACCAUGGAGGG